AUGGGUAAUGGCUACAAUCGCCACCAAAACCUGCACAAGUCCACAUUCUUUCCCAUGCUUUGUUCAAGACUUUCAGUCAAAGAUGUGGCUCUUCCCAAAUUAGAAGACCGAUCUAUGUCCAUCUCCGGUGACCCUUUAUCGCCGAAGAUCGGUUGCAUGGGUCAGGUCAAGAGACACAACAAGAUAAUUGGCUUCCCCACUUCUAACAAGAUCACCAUCACCAGAAACGACACUGCUAUUCUUCCUGCCGCCGUCAAGUACUCUAAGCUAAAGAGGAUCUUCUCUGCCAAGAAUAGUUUCACUCCUACUGCUACUGCUUCCUGUAGAAGAAGAGGAGUGAUCUCCAAUGAUGUAAGAGGAUCCAAGAUUGAUGACAGUAAAGAGAUUAAUUCUGUUUCCAUUAAAAUAGAAGAUAUGGAUCCUCCUUUGCCUGUGAUCAAGAAAGUUCAUAAACCAGCUGCAGAUGGAGGAGGAGAGGAUACUCUUUGGAAGAGGAGAUCUGGUGGAGCUUCAUUGAAAAAUUUGCAGCUGCAACAGAUUCAACUUCACAGACAAAAUCUUGCACCAACUACUGUUUGA